CAGUGAAGCGCAGCUGAUGUGUGUGAUUCUCUGUCAGACGCGAUUGUGUUUCGGAUCUUCCUGUGUUUCGGUGGAAAUCGGUGAGAUAUUUUGAGCAUAUGAUUUCAUCCGUACGUGUUGAUGACAGAACCGCCUUUAUCUUUUAUUCAUUCGUGCGGACCGCAGAGAUUUGCACCGGGACUGACAUUAUGCGCUCGGUAACCGGGUGAUGCUGAUGCUGACAUCUUCCAUCAUCCAUCUGCUUUAACGGAACUACCGCGCUCAUUCCCGAUCCAUUCAUCUCGCAGACGGCUUCGACAUGUCCAUGAAAGCGAAAAACGGAGAAACGGUGAAGGUGGUGGUUCGGUGUCGCCCGCUCAACCGUAAAGAGGAAUCGAUGGGGUACGAGAAUAUCGUGCAGAUGGAUGUGAAACUGGGCCAGGUGGCCCUGCGGAACCCCAAGGCGGGUCUGGGAGAGCUGCUCAAGACCUUCACGUUCGACGCGGUUUACGACGCGUGUUCCAAACAGAGCGACCUGUACGACGAGACGGUGCGGCCGCUCAUCGACUCUGUUUUGCGCGGCUUUAACGGCACCAUCUUCGCGUAUGGACAAACGGGAACCGGGAAGACGUACACCAUGCAAGGCCAGUGGCUUGACGCCGAGCGCCGCGGCAUCAUCCCAAACUCGUUCGAGCACAUCUUUACGCACAUCUCGCGCUCUCAGAACCAGCAGUAUCUGGUCCGGGCCUCUUAUUUGGAGAUCUACCAGGAGGAGAUCCGAGACCUGCUCACCAAAGACCACAGCAAGAAGCUGGAGCUGAAGGAGAGCGCCGACUCAGGGGUCUACAUAAAAGAUCUGUCCUCCUUCGUCACCAAGAACGUGAAGGAGAUCGAGCAUGUGAUGAACGUUGGGAACCAAACCAGAUCGGUGGGUUUUACCAAUAUGAAUGAGCACAGCUCAAGGUCUCAUGCUAUCUUUAUCAUCACGGUGGAGUGCAGCCAGCUCGGGCCGGAUGGACAGAACCAUAUCCGCGUAGGCAAACUCAAUUUGGUUGACCUGGCUGGGAGCGAGCGCCAGACCAAGACUGGCGUACAAGGAGAACGUCUGAAGGAGGCCACCAAGAUCAACCUGUCUCUCUCAGCUCUGGGAAACGUAAUCUCUGCGUUGGUGGACGGGCGAAGUUCUCACGUUCCCUACCGUGACUCUAAACUCACGCGCUUGCUGCAGGACUCACUGGGCGGGAACGCCAAGACCAUCAUGGUGGCCACGUUGGGACCGGCCUCCUACAAUUACGAGGAGACCCUGACCACCCUGCGUUACGCCAACCGCGCCAAGAACAUCAAGAACAAGCCUCGCGUCAACGAAGACCCCAAAGACGCCCUCCUCAGGGAGUUCCAGGAGGAGAUCGCCCGGCUGAAAGCGCAGCUGGAUAAACGCGGCAUGCUCACCAAGAGGAAGAGGAGGAGCAGGAGACUGAGGAAGAUCGGAGAUGGCGGCGAGGUAGAAGAGGGAGAAGAGGAUGAUGGCGAGGAUGAAGAGGAGGAGGAGGAGGAGAGCGUGGAGAAGGAGGCGCAGGAGUACAUGAAGGAGCAGCAGGAGAAGCUGGAGAGGGAGAAGGAGGCCAUCAGAGAUGACCAUUCUCUGGUGGCCGAGGAGAAACAGAGGCUCCUGGAGGAGAAGGAGAGGAUGAUGAGACAUCUGAAGAAGGAGCAGGAGGCCACUGAACUCCUCACAGCCAAGUUUAAGGCCAUGGAAAGCAAGCUGCUGGUGGGAGGAAAGAACAUUGUCGACCACACCAAUGAGCAGCAGAGGAUUCUGGAGCUGAAGAGGCAGGAGAUAGCCGAACAGAAAAGGCGGGAAAGGGAGAUGCAGCAGGAGAUGGAGUGUCGUGACGAAGAGACGCUGGAGCUCAAAGAGACGUACAGCUCCCUGCAGCAGGAAGUUGACAUUAAGACCAAGAAACUGAAAAAGCUCUUUUCCAAGCUGCAGUCUGUGAAGGCGGAGAUUCAGGACGCCCAGGACGAACACGUCAAAUACAGGCAGGAGCUGGAGCAGACGCAGAAUGAGUUGACCAGAGAACUCAAACUUAAACAUCUGAUCAUAGAGAACUUCAUCCCAACGGAGGAGAAGAACAAGAUCGUCACGAGAGCCACUUUUGAUGAAGAAGAUGACCUUUGGAAGAUGACCCCCAUCACUCGUAUUCAAAAUGAUCAGCAGAUGAUGAAAAGGCCUGUUUCUGCAGUGGGCUACAGACGGCCUCUGAGUCAGCACGCCCGUAUGGCCAUGUUGAUGCGGCCUGAUGUCAGAUACAAGGCUGAGAAUAUCUUGCUGCUGGAGUUGGACCUUCCCACUCGGACCACAAAAGACUACGAGGGGCCGGUGAUCGCUCCUAAAGUGGCUGCGGCUCUGGAGGACGCUCUGAGGGAGGAAGAUGAGAUCCAGGUGGACGCCUCUGGUCUUCGUGCCAGCCUGGGCUCCAGUCCAGGCCUCAGUGCCUCAGCUGCUGGGUUUUCCAAGAAACCAAAGUCAGGCCGCCCAAAAACUGGCAAGAAGGUGAGCACUCCAACUUCAGCUCACAGCCCUUUGUCCGGCUCAGGGUCCCCUCUUUACCCACAGUCCCGAGGCCUUGUGCCAAAGUGAAAAUAAUGAAAACCUUCACCGCUCCAUGUAAACUGACUGGCUUUGGCAUUAAAGUUGUCAUUUUUAGACAGAUUUACGACAGUAGAACAUCUUGGUGUUUUAUUCAAACCCACCAAUUGGCCCUCAAACUAACUUGUUUUUAGAUAUCACGUAAACAUAAGGUUUAUAGCGCAAAAAAAAGUUACAUUUGGUGAGAAUUAAAUCUCAACGCAAGAUUUAGUUCCACAGAUUUAGUUUGCACUCAAGCAAAAUGUUACGUGUGUGUGUGUGUGAGGUCAUUGAGACAGCAGAUGGUCUCGAAAUUGACCAUACGUGGUAGUUACGUCAUUGUGGGAAUGUUUUUUUUUCUUCUGUGUCCAGUUGUAGGAUUAACAAAUUUCUCACAAAGUAGCUGGAGAUGAGAUUUAUGCUGGUCUGGGCCACUAAAGCACUGUAUUGUUGUUUGACAAGAGAGUAAGCACAUUACGUCAUUGGCUAAGACCCAAAACAACCUCUAAGCCUUUUUUCGAAGACUCUUUGAGUCGCUUUGGCUGGGAGAUGGGCCCAGAAACGCACUUGACCGGGUUGCCGUCACAGUCAGCGCUGUAUCCAGUAAGAAAAGGAAUUAGGGGGUUUAAAGGUCAUUACAUACUAAAAAUAUCAGGGUUCCAAGGUGCCUUAGAUUCUCUUUACAUACAGAAGUUUGGUCUGAGAGUCCCUUGACCUGAUAGCUGGACAGUUGAACCCGAAAUCCACACCAAAACCCCUGUGGAUGGUUCAUGAAUGCUUUGAAUUACACUAGAAGUCUGUCGUGUUGGGCAGGCUUGUAUUUGAUGUUCACGGGGAUCUGAGUUUGACACGAGGAAGUCUUAUUUCUGUUGAACUAGUGAAGGUAAUACCAUUGCCUGCUGCUACUGUAGGGUUCUUUUACCCCUGUGUCAUAGCAUACGGUUAUGUAUAUUAAGACAUGUUAGUAAAUAAAUCUGCAUCAUCAUUGCAGUUGUAUUUAAAUCCAAAAUAAUAAAUGCAGUCUUAAAGUAACAUUUUAAAAAGGCUAAGUUAUUACCAUACUAGUCGGUUUUAUAUUCAAGCAAUUGUAGAUAGUUUUUAACAGUCGUAUUUUCUUUGCUUAGAUUUAUAUGGUUUAUUUUUGAAUAUGUAUUAUUUAAAGUUGUGUACAAAUUUAUUUUUGCAUAUAAGAUUUAAGUAUCAUUUUCAUGUGAUUCACUGCGUUCUCUUGUGUUGAGCGAAAUGCGCCAUCGUCGUAUAAUAAACACGCAGCUUUUGGAUCGUCAGAACGUGUCCUGCAAAUCCUGAUGCUGCUCAUUGAAAUCGGUGUGAAUUUCUUCAUUUGAGUAUGCAUUAUCUAAUCAAUGUUCACGCUGCCACUCCUGGCUGUAUUAAUGCAUAAGUCAUUAGUCGCCGUUAUGUUAUUUUUGAGGUUUUAGCAUGACAUGAGAACAUCCAAAGCAUUAUAGGCAAAAUGAAACCGUACGUCGGCGGUCUAAUACUCCACUUUCACCUUCUUCCAUGUGAUGCAUGAGUCCAGUGCGAAUACCUACACUGAGAAAAUAAUUUUACUGUUCACACAGGUUUUUGUUUUGUACUAAAAUGUUUUCGAAUUUGUAUUUGAGUUUAGAAUGCAAAUGUCCUCAAUGUUUUAACCAUCUUUAAUUAAAAGGAUGAUUAUUCUCUA